GUAGCUAUGCAACGUUACAUGAGGCGUAACACGCAAUUAGCUCACCCGUUAUGCCGUUAAACAUGCUGUCACGUGCGCGUAUACUUAAUUAAAAACGCACUAGAAAUUUGAUGUAGCAAAGCCUGAGCUAGCCUAGCUUAGCCUUGGUGCCCAGCAGUGAGGGGAUGGAGAUAAACACGCUCAUGAGCUUCUUACAUGCAGGCUAUACCGAAGGCUAACCCGAGUUAAGCCUCUAUUAAUGCCGCUGUUCCAGUCUCCAUGUUAAUGUUCAGGCUCAAGGCAUCCCACGAUAGCGCUUCUCUUAGUCCCGCAACACGUUAAUGCAGUUGGGUUGUGAUGCCUUCUCAUUAGUUGCCCUUCAGCAAACCCAACAUUAGCGUUAAAUAACAUAUUGCAUGUUUGAAUAAGAACGGCAACGUCCGGUUUAGUUUACGUCAUCUAGACGUUUGAAUCAGUGCAAUUCACACAGAGCGUUUUUGGGGGAAUGAGGCAGUUUUUUAAAGCUAACAUUCUAGAAGGAAUGGGUUUACAGCGCAAUGACUUCCUCUCUUCACAGUUGUCGAGUGGGAACCCCGUAUACGAGAGCUAUUACAGACAGGUGGACCCUGGGAACACAGGCAGGGUGGGCCCAACGGAGGCUGCCCUGUUCUUAAAGAAGUCUGGACUCCUUGACGCCACGUUGGGGAAGAUCUGGGAUUUGGCCGAUCCUGAUGGUAAAGGCUAUCUGGACAAACAGGGCUUUCACGUAGCUCUGCGGCUGGUGGCUUGUGCCCAGAACGGUCAGGAAGUUAGUCUGUCCAGUCUCAACCUCACAAUCCCUCCUCCCAAGUUUAAGGACAGCAGCAGUCCAUCUCUAAGCAGCACAGCAUCCGCCUCCGGCGACUUACACUGGGCUGUUAGGCACGAGGAGAAGAGUAAAUUUGAUGGGAUCUUUGAGAGUUUGGCCCCAGUCAACGGCUUGCUGUCGGGGGAGAAGGUCAAACCAGUGCUCAUCAACUCCAAGUUACCCCUGGAUAUCCUCGGGAAGGUUUGGGACCUGAGUGACAUUGAUAAAGAUGGCCAUCUGGACAGGGAUGAGUUUGCAGUGGCCAUGCACCUGGUCUACCGGGCCCUAGAGAAGGAGCCCGUUCCCGCCCUCCUGCCCUCUGCCCUCAUCCCUCUGUCAAAGAGGAAGAAGAGUCUGGGCUCGGUGGCCGGCUCAAUGCCCGGGCUGCCUGCAAGUCCCCCACCUGCGAAAGACUCUCUACGCUCCACACCCUCCCACGGCAGCAUGAACUCCCUUAACAGCACCGGCAGCCUGUCGCCCAAACACUCCCUCAAGUCUGGACAGCAUUCGUUGAAUUGGGUGGUCCCAGUGUCAGACCGCGGCCGCUAUGACGAUAUCUUCCUGAAGACAGACGCUGAUCUGGACGGUUUUGUCAGCGGAAAUGAAGUGAAGGAUAUCUUCAUGCAUUCGGGACUGUCUCAGAAUGCCCUGGCCCACAUAUGGGCUCUGGCAGACACCAGGCAGAUAGGCAAGCUGACCCGGGAGCAGUUUGCCCUUGCCAUGUAUCUCAUCCAGCAGAAAGUCAGCAAGGGCGUCGACCCCCCACAGGCUCUGACUGCCGACAUGAUCCCCCCCUCAGAAAGAGGCACUCCUGUACCUAGUAUGUCAGGAUACAUGACCCCAGUGGGAUCGGAGAUGGCGGCUUUGUCUGAGAUGAGACGGGACAGCUCGAGUUCAGUCGGUUCAGGGGAGUUCACUGGCAUCAAGGAGCUGGAUGACAUCAGCCAGGAGAUUGCGCAGCUGCAGAGGGAGAAGUAUACUCUGGAGCAAGACAUCCGGGAUACAGAGGAGGCCAUCAGACACAAGAGUGCAGAGGUGCAGGAGAUGCAGAAUGACUUAGACAGAGAGACGGCCAGCCUGCAGGAGCUGGAGGCUCAGAAACAAGAUGCCCAGGACCGCCUGGAGGAGAUGGACCAGCAGAAACACAAGCUGGAGGACAUGCUGAACGAAGUCCAGAUAAAGUGUCAGGAGGAGUCUCAGAUGAUAUCCACCCUCCAGAGUCAGAUACAUUGUCAGGAGACGGACCUGCAGAGCCAGGAGGAGGAGCUGAGCCGGGCCAAGGCCGACCUGGGCCGGCUGCAGCAGGAGGAGAACCAGCUAGAGCAGAGCCUGGCCGCGGGCAAGAUCCAACUGGAGACCAUCAUCAAGUCCCUGAAGGCAACACAGGACGAGAUCAACCAGGCUCGGAGCAAAUUGUCCCAGAUUCAGGACAGCCAACAGGAAGUGUCCAAAAGCAUCGAGCAGUACAACAGCACUUUGAACGGAACCCACGGAGGCAGCAUGACCAACCUGGCUGACAUGAGCGAGGGCUUCAGCGACAGAGAGAACGGGGGGUUCCCCGCCAUGGUGAGAGCAGCAAAGGAGGAUCCAUUCAAAGUGAAGGCGCCUGUGUUCAACAGCCAGCCUCAGGAGCUCCACACUGACCCCUUCCACUCUGAGGACCCCUUCAAAACAGACCCCUUCAAAGGAGACCCUUUCCAACAUGACCCUUUUGCAAAGCAGCCACCAACAUCAACAGAUCCUUUUGGAGGAGACCCGUUCAAAGAGACGGAUCCCUUUAAGGCCACGUCAGAAGACUUCUUCAAGAAGACCACAAAGAUGGAUCCCUUUUCCUCACCCGACCCCUUCAGUAAAAGUGCUACAUUGCCUUCCAAGCAAACCAGUCACUUCACAAGCAAUGACCCAUUCCCUUCAAGCAACCCAAAACCCAAAGGACCAGACCUGUUCGGUACCCUGGAUCCGUUCGGCAGCAGCUCCUUCAAUAGCAGCAGCAGCAGCAGCAACAGCUCUGCUGGAUUCGCAGACUUCAGCCUAAUGUCGAAACCCCGAGACCCUUUUGAAGGCAGGGCCAGCUGGCUGCCUGACUACCAGAAGUCGGCGUUUGUGGACGACCCGUUCAGCAGGAAGAACGACACACCAGCUCUGCCACCAAAGAAAAGUGUUCCCCCGAGGCCCAAACCCCCCACUGGUAAAAGCACACCAGUGAGCACAGCGGACCCCUCCAAACCGUGCGACCCCUUCCAGCCAUUUGGUGGGGACGCCGUCGACCCCUUUCAGAGUAAAAAGGGCCCGGGAGACCCGUUCAGCGGCAAAGAUCCCUUCGCCCCGUCCUCGGCAUCAAGUAAAGACCCUAAGGAGCCUGCCUCGGGUUUUGUAGACUUCAGUUCUGACCGGACAAAGUCAAGUUUGGGAACGAGGCUCAGCAGCUGGAGUGGGCAAAGAGAGAGAGCGAGCGAGCCGAGCGCGAGCGGCUGAAGAGGCUCAGGCAGCAGGAGCAGGAAGACCUGGAGCUGGCCAUCGCUCUCAGCAAGGCAGAGAUGUCCAACGCAUGACCUGGAACCCCAACCCACCACACACACACACACACACACACACAGCGCGUAGACAAACUAACAUGACUGACAACUAAACACGUAGACUCAACUCACUGCACACAAACUCUGAUCCACCCACGUACACUGGACCUGCACCAUCACUACUUUACAUUCCCCCACUCGCCGUGACUCAAUGAAUGGAGCGGAAAGAACUUCCUGGUGAGUCUGGCCACCAACCCUGCAUGUAGGAGAGGAGGAAGAGGCGAGAGGUGAUUGAAGGAAACGAGCAGAUGCACGCGGCCGUACAGUGAUGAGACGGGUCCCAUCUGGGGCCCACGAGCGAACAGACCACCUCCACGGUUUGGAUUUCAACGAGUGGUUUUCUAGCUUCUCUCACAAUGUGGGCAUUAUGGCUAAUAUCAGUAGCAACUAUCAGCUGUGUGGGGGUUUUCCUCAAGGGAUUUUAUUUCUUCCUGAUUAGUGCGACGCAGUUUUACCGAGCUUCUGAUGGCUUGAGCUGUGUCUGCGUUUAGUGUUGUGUUGCUGCCAUGGAAACGCUAUGGAGUUGCAGUGGUACAUGGAUAUUUUUUUCUGGAGAUUUGACUGGAUUUGACACUCCUCAAUCCCUCUUUUCUCUUUUUUUUUCUCAGGAAAUUCUGUCACUAAGCCAGACUGAGUUGAGAAGAGAAAAGCUCCAUGUUAUUAGAGGUGUUUUUUCUACUUUUACUGGAGGCUUAAGGUUUCCUUCUGCUUUGUGCUAAGACAGGCUACACUCUGUACUUGAGGGUCUUGAAUGAUGAUUGAUUUUAAACUUCUCUGAUGCUACUCAACAUUGAAGCAGCAAAUAUCAGUUUUCAUUUGAUAUCACACCAGGGUCUACUAUUACUAGAUUAUAAACGUUUACCUCAAGUCCAGAGGUUGGAUUAUCCACCCUUUCCGUGGUCACUAUUUGGGACACUUGUGGUCAUUUAUUCAAUUGCCCAUUUGUUAAUGAAUAUGCAAACCUUCUACCAAUACAAAGGGAUUUGAUGAGGGCCUCCAGGCACUACACUCAUACAUUGGAGCCGGCUUCUGGCCAUGAAGACUGCAUGUGCUCCUUAUCAUUCAGGAGAGGCACUCCCAGUGGCUCCUCUGGAAAUCGUUUAACAAACAAAGAGCAACUACUUUUCAACCUCGUGUACAUAUAUUGUUAUAUAUGGAUAUAUAUAACGAUGUAUCUAGACCUGAUGGACAUCCAUUACACUGUUUCGCUCCCCAGACAAAUUAAAAUAACUGCUUCAAAUGUUGACAUCCCCCCUCCCUAUAUCUAGUGUAUAUAUUAUAUGGACAAAGCUAACUAUGCUGGACUCUCAAUCCCGAUGCUGUGAUGUCACACCACAAUCAACACAUGAAAGGCGAGAUAAGGAAUCCCUUUUUUCCAUGUUUACGACCUUGUUUUCUUUAUAGAGAUGGAGGAUUUUUAUGCCAGUUCCACCAGCUGGGUAUUAUUUUGACUCAUUUCAAAUCCGGUGCUUCAUAGAGCAGCGAGCACCAGCUGCAAAAAGUGUUUGGGAAGGUUUGGAAGUAGUUGCGAUCAGUUGUUAAGCUGGGAAUUAGAAAUAUGUGUCAAUAGUUUGAGGUUUCAUCGUGGACACAACCACUAAACUCUCUUUGUCCCUUUUACUUGAAGCGGGGACUCGUGUUUGAGUGAGGAGGACGGAAGGAGGACAGAUUGUGCUGAACUAAGUCACUGAAGACUUUCACUCUCAUGCAGAACACCAGUGUUCCAGUUUCAAAUAUGACAAUGUGUUUCAUAAUUCUAAAUGCCAGUCUGCAUUCUGUCCAUGACAAGAGUUUAGCCGUGUGCGUGCCCUGCAGGCGGAUUCUGCUCGGAGCACAUAACUAACUUUAAGGGAUGACGUAGGAAGUUUCUCAUUAUUUCAUUGCCAUAACUUUUGUGAAAUGUGGAGAAGUGGGCUGUAAAGUUUAACUUGGUGCGAUUGUUGGUAUUUGUUGAGGCCGGUUGGAACCGUGAGCAGUACUUUGCUGUAUUACAGUGCUGGAGGUCUUCUGAUGAAACUUGGAGAUUUUAAUUAAUUUUACAUGUAUUCAAUUUAAGAAGGCUGGAAUAUUUU